AUGGCCAUGAUCCGACCGGGAGCUUGUGUUUGGCACACCUCGCAUAGCGGCUUGAAGACCCAACUCAAAGUUUGGGCCAGCAGGUGGGACGGCGCCGUUCAACUCACGUCAAGUCUGACAGUUGCUCCGCCAGAUGGAACACCAUGGAUUCCGAGGAGCUUGGUGACUCUCGCCGAUGAGGAUCAGCCAGAUGUUCCGGCAAGCUUCGAUGCCAAGCGGGAGCCGGACAGAGACUACUUGCUCUUUAGGUUGCAGAAUGAAAACCGACGCCAGCAGUUUCGCUCUCGCUCCCCAGCUCGGUCGCAUAGCAACCAAACUCUGUUCAGCACGACUUCGAACAAGGGCCGAGGCAAAGGCAAACGCAUUUGCUAUGACUUUUGCAAUGGAAAUUGCAAUCGUGGCGACAAAUGCGGCUACAAGCACAACCUCACCUACCUGAUCAUGUCCUGGGCUGACGCAACAGAAGACGAACUGUUUGACUUGGAUACCACCAUGGAGCCCAUGCUGCCGUCCAUGUCUGACGUCAGCGAGCAGUCUGACAGCGACACUUUGUCGUUCAGGUCUGACAUCAGCGAAAAGUCUGACAGCGACACUUUGCCGUUCAGGUGUGAGAAAUGCGAAUUGGUCGAGAUGUUGACUUCCUCCCAGCCCCUCAAGCUGUCGCGGAGACAAAAGAGGCGACGCUACGAGGAGCGGUACUGGGACAAUGUCUACCUCAAUGCCCUCAAAAAGCUCGACCGCCGAAGAGCGCGGAAAGAGCGAGAGCUUGAAGCCAUUUUCGAAGAAUACAAGAGCAUUGUGGCGAAGGAGAGGGAAGCCCAGCUUGAUGAAUCUGACGCUCCCCGACAGCCUCGAUCCAGCUCCAUUCGCCCCCCAGCUGAGCGCUUCCGCGAAGUCUGCCUCAUUGACUCGCUCCGGGCCCACCGGUACAAGGUGCAGUACACGGCGGAUGGGCCUUUCUGGGCCAUGGCUGACGGCAACAAAUUUUUGCGCCCAUGGCAGCGUUCAAUCUCCCGCGUUGCUCAGAUCAACCAAUACCACGAUGGUCAGUAUAUUCUUGCGUACAGGAGGCAUUUUGUAGCAUUCCGGAUCCUGGAUGGCAAUGCCGAAAUCAACUUCACCCAUAAGUCGCACACAUGGCAAACAUGUUGGCUGUCCAGCGGGCUUUCUAGCCCUGUUGGGUUUGCGCCCAGUGAAUGUGCUUACGUUGUGAAUGAAGGGCUUCUCGAUGGCAUUUUCCAAAUCUCACCAUCAACCCACGCUGCACAUGGUGAAGAUCUGGCGGGGGGCUCGUCCAACUUAGUGUUCACUUCGGCACUCACAGGUGAAGUUGUCACUAGUGGAGACUUCCCUACCUCUGCCCCUUUCAUGCCUGCUGUACGAAAUUUCUGCUCUCAGGCUUUCGAUCAUCCUCCUUUCGCCAUCACUUUUCUCAAUGGCGGAUGCGUUGUAGCCUUCGGUGCUACAGUCGCUAGCCUUGAAAGUGGGCAUGUUGACGUUAUAUUGCGUCCAAUCAAAAGCACCGGGACCAGGAAGUUCUUGUAUGCCAUCAGAGAGGAUGAUGCAGAACUGGUGCGGGAGUGUCUCUGCAAUGGGCAGGACCCCAACACUACAUUCCCCAACGGCUUCACAGCCUUGUCAUACUGCGCCACGCAUGCUGCCACUUCCUCUUUGUCUGUCCUGCUCAGCGCCAAGGCCAGCCCAAACAUGCGUGGCUCAGAUGGCAACACUGCCUUGCACCAUGCAGUGUAUAGAGAGCACAUCGAUGCAGUCCAGCUGCUCUUACAGCAUGGAGCAGAAGCAGAUGCGCUGGAUGCGGGAGGGACGGCUUCUGCACACUGGGCAUCACAAGGCCGGGGCAUGGCUGGUUCAGCCAUAUUGGCGUGUCUUGCGGAAGCAAAUGCAGACUUGCAUUUGCAAGACAAAGAUGGGGACACGCCAUUUGGUUUGGCCAGUGGUUCUGGGAGUAGCACUCUUUUAGUGAUUAUGAGUGCAGUGUGGGAUCGAAUCCGCUGGGUGGAUGUGCUUGUGCGGCAUGAGUUUUUGUUGGCGGGGUUCGUGAACACACAUCAGCUGAAAAUUGCUUCCAGAGCCACGAGCGCGAAAUUUGCCUGGGACACGCUAGGAGGGAGAGAUGCUUUGGAUGCGCCAAUCAUUACGGGGAUGAAGUAUGCGUUCUUCAUGUUUUUGGUUGCCCCCCUCUUUCCGACACUGAAUGCUCACCCACACUUGAACUCGGUGCUUCCCAACCCUUCCAAUGACAAGUGUGGUGCGCAGGCCUUCUUGCAACAACUUUUACCCAUCAGCUUUUUGAUCGCAACGAUACAAAACAAAGAUUCCCAAACGUUCUACAAUGGUCUCUCCACCAUCUUUGACCGCGUGCUCAAGACACACCCUUUGAUUCGUGAGUACAUAUUUUCUUGCCCUUCCCUUCGCACAUCUGCUGGACAGAAGGGCGCAGCCCGUCGUAUUCAAUUGCUAUUCCUGUUGUCUUUGCCCUUGCCAUUAUCUGGCGCUGCCUUGCUGAACCAAAAUCAGCAGUCGGAAAAACCAUCGCAAAACAUGGCCACUGAAGUACAGCGUCGACUUUCUCUGUUCGAAGGCUUGUGCUUGGACUACAGAACUUUGCUGUGCCUGCGUCCUGGUUUAUGGCGUGUCAUGCCCAACCCUUUCUCCCUUCUGGACGCAGGCGAUGGCACUGUUUGGGACUCUGCUCUCGGCAAAACUCGAACCACUUUUGCCACCAUUUCUUCAUUCUUGGCGCAUCAGCUUCCUGUUCCGGCUGCACCCCUGAUGGACAGAACAGACAAGCGGUUGAGGGUCUAUCUUGCUUGCCUGCGCAAGCACACGGUCAACAUCUUAAAGGAGCCGCAGUCCGUGCUCCACGUCCUCAAUCCAUGCGACAGCUCCAUUCCAAAACGGCCUUGGGAACUCAAUCUCUUCACAAUGCGUCAGCGUUGGUCAUGUUCAGAAUGUGCUGAAAUUGAUGAGACCAGAGGUGAUGAUGAUAUGAUAGGUGGAAGUAGUGCAUGUGGGCAGCAGCAGAACGAGAAGUCUUCCUCCGGCCCGGCCCAGAAUAUCGCAGGUCCAGCUGCUCGCCUCUGGCAUGCUUGCAUGUUUGGCGAUGUGUGUGGCGGGGCUUGCCAUGAUGUCACAGCCAUGUCAGCUGUGACAGGAGAAGCCAUGAUGUGCUUCACUAUCCCGUGCGAGUUUGAGGAGCACAGCUUCGUGGAUCAAGUUCGCGUGCAAGCUGCCGCUAUAUUCUCUGCGCCGUACUUUUGUUUCGAUGUCUUACACGGAGACAGCCUUCUUGAUGAUGGAUAUACUUGUGCAGAUCUUGGCUAUCCCAGCGUAGUGUACAUGGUUGUAAAGCCAAAAGUUGUGGACUGGACAGAGAACUUGUUUGAUGCGAUUGAAGAUGGCAAUGUUCAAGAAGUUCAGAAAUGGUUGAAGAUGGGACAAGAUCCGGACUGCACCAUGAUAGAUUCGGCCCUGUGCGCGGCAACAGAGCGGAACCAUGAAUCUGUAGUGGAGUUGCUGAUUCGUGCUGGGGCCAAUGUCAAUUACAUUCCCAUGGGCCGUCCUGGGCCUUUGCAAACUGCAGUUAUUUCCAAUGCAGAAGGGUGUGCCACCCUGCUCUUGCGCAGUCACGCAAACCCAAACUUGUGUGAUGGUACUCCGGCAGCAAACACACCUUUGCACUUAGCCACUGUCUACGGAGAUGCGCCAUUCACUCACAUCCUCCUUUCACACGGAGCGGACCCAAUGCUGCCAAACGCAUACGGGCAAUCUCCGGUUGCAUUGGCAACCCCCGGCCUCGUAACCGCAUUAUGUUUGGCCGAAUGUUCUGAUGAUGAGGUCGAUGCUGCAACUCUCCUGCUGCGACAUGUUUCGAUCUUGGCCACUAUGGGGUGCCCCCCGAGUUUUUGGACAGUCUGUAGAGCGCUGAACAAUCAUCGCCAAGACCCGCAUUCCGAUCUUGAAGGUGGCAGCUCGAUUUCUGCAGCGCUAGACUCAAAGCAUUGGGUGCGUCUGUGCCAAAACAGAGCGAAGGCUUUGGAAAAAAAACGGAAAGUGCCUCGAGAUUUUACCGAUGAUGAUCUGGAAAGGCUGAUGGCCACAGGUUUGACAUCUUCUCAAAUCGACAUGAUUUCAACCAGAAGAGGUGAUGCCAUCAGAAGGCGCCGCUGGCAUCAGCUGUGGGAAAAAUCAAUGCCAACUUGUUUGAACCAGCGGUUUGAGCAAGGAUGCUGCAGAGGAAUCCGAUUGCCUUUAGCAGCUGACGGAUGGGCUCCUGCAGACUUGGGCUUCAUGCCAUCAGAGUUCUUGACAACAGGCAGGUUAUAUGAAAUUCCAUGCUUUGAUCUUCUCAAGCAAAGCAACCCUCACGAACGAGAUGACCACUUGAAGUUCGAUGAGUUGUCGCACACAUACUACGUAGACGGAACCCCCUUGGAUGUCUCCGUGACCGGAUUCCUCGCAGCGUUCCUGGAGCCGUUUGACGCGGAGAUUGUGAUUUCCCGCAUGCAGCAACAAUCAUCUUGGCCCCGGCCAGAGUACAUCCAUUUGACUCACAUCCGCAAGGCUGUGGAGUUUGCGCAACGGUUUCCUGUCCUCCGGCCUCUACUAUCCUUAUUGCAAGCCCAGCCCAUCAACAAGGCGUCCCUGUGCCGCUUCUUGCAGCAAGCUCCUCAAGAGGACGAAGCCAUUGUUGCAGCUAGAUACCUCCUCACCAUGACGAGUGCUGAAAUCCAGGCCCAGUGGAAACGCAAUGGUGAGGUUGCGUCUCGCCUAGGCACUUGGGCGCAUUUACAAUGCGAGUGUGUGUUGAAUGCGGGGCAAGCUGCAAAUCCUGGUCCGGAAAUGGUGUGCUUGGCGCGCUUUUUGCAAACAACAGACCGAUUGAUAGCACACAGGACAGAGUGGAGCAUCUGGGCGACUGAUGAAAAACUUGCGGGCACCAUAGAUUUUGCGCCAGAGAUUCUUCGGGCUGCCUGGUGCUUGUUGAUUGGAAGCGAUCCAUGGGGCUGA